UUCUCGGGUUUCUUGUUGAAAGGCUCUCGUUUUAAAGAUCAUUUAUAAUAGUUAUGAUAACUUUGUCUGUUUUAAAACAUGAUAAAACUAGUUUCCUGCAUUUUUAUGUCAGUACUUCUGGUGGUUGCUGAUGGCUUCACUGUUCAUGGUCCCUCUGCUCCACUGUCUGCUCCUCUGGGAUCUUCAGUGGUUUUGCCCUGUUUUGUUGAUGAAGCUUUACCAGUGGAGGAUCUGGAGGUGGAAUGGAGAAGAGCAGACUCAGAGACUCUGAUUCAUCUGUAUCAAGAUGGUGAGAGUCGAGCAGAGGUCCAGCAGCAGGAUUAUCAUGAUAGAGCUCAUUUCUUUACUGAGGAGAUUCAACAUGGAAACUUCUCCCUCCGUCUGGACAAUCUGACAGCUCAAGAUGAGGGAGAAUACAGGUGUAGAGUUCACAGUCAGCUGAAUAAAGGAGAAACUGUGGCUCAGAUAAAAGAUGUUGGCUUCGUUGUUCAUGGUCCCUCUGCUCCUCUGUCUGCUCCUCUGGGAUCUUCAGUGGUUUUACCCUGUUAUAUUGAUAAUAAGUUGCUGAUGGAGGAUCUGGAGGUGGAAUGGAGAAGAGCAGACUCAGAGACUCUGGUUCAUCUGUAUCAAGAUGGUGAGAGUCGAGCAGAGGUCCAGCAGCAGGAUUAUCAUGAUAGAGCUCAUUUCUUUACUGAGGAGAUUCAACAUGGAAACUUCUCCCUCCGUCUGGACAAUCUGACAGUUCAAGAUGAAGGAGAAUACAGGUGUAGAGUUUUCAUUCAGCUGAAUAAAGGAGAAACUAUGGUCCAGAUAAAAGAUGUUGUUUCAGAGCGUUUGUUAGUAUUAGGAUCAACUCGUCCUGCUUCUGCAUAUGUUGGUGAGGACGUGACUCUGAACUGCUCUGUAGACUCUCACAUCACUCCUGAACACAUUGAAGAGGUUUCAUGGAUGAAAACAGAUGAAGAUGGAGAUUUUCUGGUUCUGCUGUAUCAAAACAAUGAGACUUUACCAGAUUCAUCAGUUGAACAGUUCAGAGGCAGAGUUGAGUUCUUCACUGCUGAAAUCCCCAAAGGAAACUUCUCUCUCAGACUGAAGAGUGUCAGAACUGAGGAUAAAGGAGUUUACAGGUGUCAAGUGUUUGCUGGAGUUUUAUCAGCUAAUGCAACUGUAGAGCUGGAGAGACUGGGUUUCUCUUCUUUGCACAUAGUUGUGCUGGUUUUCUGUGUUGCUGCUGGAUCUGGAGCUGUACUUCUGCUCUGCUGUCUGAUCUACUGCAGAUAUAAAAACACUGUUACCAGCAGCCUAAUCUGGAAUUUUCAGAUUUCUCUGGUCCUUUUUCCAAAUAUCUGUAUGUGCUUUGCAUUCAUCUUUUGGGGCUUUAUUGAAGGAUUUCUGGAUGAGACGAUCUUUUGCAGUGCGAUUUAUAUUCUGAGGCCUGCAAUUUUGAUCUGGGCUUUGCCCUUCUUGAAGUAUCUUAAAGACAACCUUAAACCAUGGAUCCGUUAUUUCAAAAUCAUGCAUGUGCUCCAUGUUUUCUUUCUCAUUGUUUGUUCUGUUGUUUUUGCAUAUAGCUGGACAAGGAGAGCACUUAAACUAAAUGUUAAAACUGGUCGGGUAUUGUCUGCAAUGCUCUUUGGAGGUGUUGUGCUGAUGUGUCUGUCGGUCAGUGCAGACGAACUACUGCUUUCCACAAUAAUGCAGAAAUUUGAGCGGCUCAUGAGAAGUUCACCACAAAUUAAACUGGAUAUAAUGGAUUUACCUUUGAGAUGGAAGGAAUUAUGUCUUCUUGAGGUUUUGCUAAUGCCUGUUGCAUUAUGGCUCGAGAUUGGGGAUUUCAAUUCUUAUUAAAAAAACAAUCUAGGUAAUUCCCUUGAAUUGAAUCCUUGGAUUCUAUGCGUUACUGUUGUUAUAUAUUUUGUAAAGAUGCCAUAUUCUUAUGUUGUUUUGCACAUUAAUUCAUUCAUUUAAAACUUAUUGUAUAUUGACUGUCAUACAAAAUAAAACCACCACUAGACACUAAUUACAUUUGUUUUAAACUUUUUUUUUAUUUGUUUACUUAAUAAUCAGAUGAAUUAUGAAGUAGUCUAUGAUUUAGUUUAAAAUGUGAAAAUAAUAGACUUCUAUUCUUUUAUUCCAGCAUUUGCAAUUGUGGGGUUUGUAUGGGUGGCACUGGUUUGCGGUGGCUUAAUUAUAUUGUUUCUUUCCUUUGUCUUCAAAUGUAAGUUUUGUACUGUAUGUAUACAUUUGUGAUGAUAUUUAAAAAUGCUUAGUUGAAAAUAUGACGAAAUUAACUUCAAGUAUGAAUUUCUUCUGUUAAACACAAGAAUAUGUUUUAAGAAUGCUGGAAAAAUUAUUUCUAUGGAAGUCAAUGGGUGCCGUGCAGCUACCAGCAUUUCAUUCAAGUCUUUAACACUUUGUACUAUUUGUAAUCAAAUAAAUAGCAUGUAACAGUGCAUAAGUAUUUCAAUUAGGACACACAUAGACAUCAAAUCCUGACCUAUCAUAGGAAGAGGCACAUGUACAAUUUUGGAGAAAAAUAUGCAUAAGAAUUCCAACAAAAGUUUAUUAAAUCUGUUCAUUAACAGGUCUCCCCACUAGACGCAUAACAUUAUUGGGUAUAAUAUAUUCCUUGCUGGGUAGCAUCCUGACGAUUUAUGUUCAAGUUAUCAUAUUGGAAUUAGAGAAAGGUACAGUUCUCUUUUUUUUAUUUUUAGUCAUAAGAACGUAACAUUUUGUUUGUUAUGUGCUGAUAAAAAGUCACUUUUGUUAAAAUUGACAGAGUACCUGAAAUGGACCACUGUCUUGUUGUUUGUUGAUGUCCUGAUGAUGAUUGUGGUUUUUGAGCAAGCUAAUAAAGGUAUUAUCCAUCACUGA